AAAGAUGCUCAUAGCGUAAGUAAGUAUUAGUAAUCGUGGAAAUUUAGAGUUGGCCCAUUUAAAACAGAUGCACUUCAUUAAAGUCUGCAGUUUCCUGGUUUCUCUUCUGCUUUUCCAUUCCUGCACCCUCCCGUGGCUCCAUUUUCUUCUGCUGACCAGUUUAGUUUUUACCACAACGAGCUAGCUGUAGCUUUCUGCAGGGUACGGGAAGCCUUAAGGUCCAAAGGUCUCUUUUGAAUUAAACUCCACUGAGACGAUCAAAUGCAUCCGAUCCUUCAAACUGGAAGAUUUUUACUCAGAAACACCUGUGAGGCAAUUUGGCUUAAGCGUUGCUCUAGUUCUGGGGAAAUGAUGCAGGCGGUUUGCGUUGAUGUACCUGGAGGACCAGAGAACCUGCUCCUGCGGGCUGUCCCCAGACCUCCACCUAAAGAUGGAGAAGUCCUGAUUAAAGUUAACGCUGCUGCUCUCAACAGGGCAGAUUUACUGCAGAGAAGAGGGCUGUACCCUCCGCCUCCAGGUGAAAGUGACAUCAUCGGCCUUGAGGUAGCUGGUACUGUGGACAGUCUGGGACCAGGACUGAAAAGGAACUGGAAGCUAGCUGACAGGGUGAUGGCCUUGCUCAGUGGAGGGGGAUAUGCUGAAUAUGUGUCUGUACCUGAGGAGCUCCUAAUGCCCAUUCCCUCUAAUCUCACGUUCAGCCAAGCUGCCGCCGUCCCAGAGGCCUGGCUUACAGCUUUCCAGCUGCUGGUUUUCAUAGCCAAGGUGAAAGAGGGUGAAGUGGUGCUGGUGCACGCUGCAGCCAGCGGGGUCGGAACGGCCGCCAUUCAGCUGGUCCGUUUGCUCGGCGCUGUGCCCAUCGUUACCGCGGGCAACCAGGAAAAGCUGCAGAUGGCUGAGAAACUAGGUGCAUCGGCUGGAUUCAACUAUAAGGAGGAGGACUUUGUGCAGGGAGUUCAUGACUUCACUGGAGGAAAAGGAGCAAAUGUGAUCCUUGACUGCAUCGGUGGGUGUAACUGGGAGAAGAACGUCAACGUCUUGGCUGUGGACGGCAGAUGGGUCCUGUACGGUACCAUGGGGGGCAGGUCUGUAAACGGAGAUCUGCUGGGCAAGCUGCUCUCCAAGCGAGGCCACUUGCUGGGCAGCCUCCUCCGCUCUCGCAGCCUUCAGUACAAAUCAGACCUGGUGGCAGCUUUUUCACAGAAGGUGUUGCCGUAUUUCUCAGGGCAGCCUGCCCUCUUGAGGCCAGUGAUUGACAGCACUUAUAAGCUGCAGGACAUUCAAGAUGCUCACAGACACAUGGAGGCCAACAGAAACAUGGGAAAGAUUGUUAUUAAUGUGAUUCCACCGAGCGAAGAGGCUCGCUGAUUAAUGUUUGCAUUCAUGCGGAAGAAAAUUUAGUCUUUAAAAUGUAUUUGAUUGAUGCCAAGAUACCAAUCAGUAUUUUAUGGUUGCUCAGAGAUGUAUAUUCCACUAAUAAAAUGUUAUUUUUCCACUCA